UCGUUCCCGUUUUUUCAAUUAGUUUGUUAAGUUCGUCUUACCGCCCUCCUCCUCGAUGGUGCAACGGUGCGUUUCUCGCUCAAAGAAUUGAAAUUACCCAAGUGAUGUAUAUGUUACAAAUCUAAGAGGACACAACACACACAAAACAGAGUUGAGGUUAGACGUGAGUGGAAGAGCGAGUGUCUGCUUCUCUGCGCGCUGCUGAUGUUGCUGAUGUUAUCCGGGGCCUUCCCGAGCUAGUUGGGCACAGCUGUGCUCUUACUGGCUAUCAUGGCUCAGACGACAAGUGGCGUGCAGAGAGAAAACUUCAAAAAGUGCGAGAAUAGCAGCUUCUGCAGACGGUGCAGAAAAGUUGAACCUGGAAAAACUCCGUAUGAGCUCUUGCCAGAUACAUUAAGCCACAAAGAGUCGACAUUGCACAUUGAAUUGUACAAUAAGGUCACGGGAGUUUACUACAGGCUUGAAUUGACAGCUUUAAAAAAUGACUUGUUCAGGCUGUACAUCAAUGAAAAAUCUCCUUUGCAUCCAAGAUACGAAGUGGAAUAUGCUUUGAAGGACCAUCCCCAAACUACAGUUCUACAACUUGUUGAGAAAACGUCGACACACAUCACUGUUAAGAAUGGAAAGAACAAAGCUAUCCUCCAUGUCAAUCCAUUCAAAGUUGACUUUUAUGUUGGAAACCAGUUGGUUAUUUCCACAAACGACAGAGGUUUCAUGAGAUUUGAGCAUUUGAGGACAAAACCUCCGGCAAAACCAGAUCAACCACAACAAGUUGAAGAAAAUGCCGAAAAUGCCGAAAAACCCGCUGAACCAGCUGCUGAUCAGCCUGAUGCACCACAGUUCCCUGGUGACGGUGCUGAAGACGAUCCUGGUGCAUGGGAAGAAAAUUAUAAAAGCCAUCACGACGAAAAGCCCCUGGGCCCUGAAGCCGUUGCCAUGGAUUUCAGCUUUCCGGGAGCUGAGCAAGCUUAUGGUAUUCCCGAGCAUGCCGAUUCCUUUGCACUAAAGUCGACCAAACAAACGGAUCCGUAUCGACUGUACAACUUGGAUGUGUUUGAAUAUGAAAUCAACGAAAAAAUGUCACUCUAUGGCGCCAUUCCUGUUCUCUAUGCUCACGGAAAAGAGACAACGUCCGGAAUUUACUGGAACAACGCAGCCGAAACUUGGGUUGACAUAACAUCGAGUGCGGACAACGAUUUCGUGAAAAGCUUGGUCAAUAUGGUUUCUGGAACGGUAAAAAAACCACAAGUAGACGCUCACAUCAUGUCUGAAUCUGGAGUCAUCGAUGUAUUUAUUUUGCUCGGUCCCACACCAAUGGACGUCUUUAAACAGUUUGCUUCUCUCACCGGAACUGCGAAUUUGCCACCCAUUUUCUCGCUUGGAUAUCAUCAAAGUCGCUGGAAUUACAACGACGAGGAGGAUGUGAAUCAAGUAGCUACAAACUUUGACAAGUAUGAUAUACCCAUGGACGUUAUGUGGCUUGACAUUGAGUAUACAGAUGGCAAAAGAUAUUUCACGUGGGAUAAGCUCAAGUUCCCCCAUCCUCUGGAAAUGGUCAAGAAUUUGACGGAAAAAGGUCGUAAACUUGUAGUAAUCAUUGAUCCUCACAUUAAGCGUGCCAGCGACUACUUCCUUCACAACGACGCCACCGACAACGGCUAUUACGUCAAGAGUAGGGACGGCAAGGACUACGAGGGCUGGUGCUGGCCCGGUUCGUCCUCGUACCUCGACUUUUUCGACCCCAAAGUUCGCGAAUACUACUCCGGUCUCUAUGACAUAAGCAAGUUUGAGGGUACAACCAACGACGUUCACAUUUGGAACGAUAUGAACGAACCCUCCGUCUUCAACGGGCCUGAAAUCACUAUGCCCAAAGACCUUGUGCACUACGGAAACUGGGAGCAUCGAGAUGUUCACAAUAUUUAUGGCUUGGUUUACACCAUGUCCACGUAUGAGGCGCUUUUCAAACGUUCCGGCGGAGCUCUUCGACCCUUUGUUCUAACUAGAGCAUUCUUUGCCGGCUCACAGCGUUUCGCAGCUGUAUGGACGGGCGAUAACAUGGCAGAGUGGGAACACCUGCGAAUCUCGUACCCAAUGUGUCUUUCGCUGGCCAUUUCUGGCAUAUCAUUCUGCGGCGCUGAUGUCGGUGGCUUCUUCAAGAAUCCUGACGCUGAGCUUCUGACCAGAUGGUACCAAGCUGGAGCGUGGUUGCCGUUCUUCCGUCAGCACGCACACAUAGACACGAAACGCCGCGAGCCUUGGACUUAUAACGACGAUUUGCUAAACAAUGCGAGGGACACCUUGAGACUGAGAUACUCUUAUCUACCCUACUGGUACACUCUGUUCCGUGAACACGAAGUCAAUGGCACCCCAGUCAUCAGACCGAUCUGGGCGCACUAUCCCACUGAAAUAUCGGCCUUUACUAUUGACGACCAGAUCCUCGUAGGCGAUGCUAUUCUCGUAAGGUCAAUAUACCAGCCUGCAGUGAGUGAAGUUUCAGUAUACUUCCCAGGCGAGGGUAAGGUCGCAUGGUAUGACAUCGAGACGUACAAGAUGUACCUUGGAAAACAGAUAGACAGUGUCUCGGUGACGAUUCACCGCAUCCCCGUGUUCCAACGUGAAGGUACCAUUGUACCCAGGAAAAUGCGUAUCAGGCGUAGCACAGUUGCUAUGAGAAAUGACCCGUACACCUUGGUCGUGAUUGCUGAUGGAGAGGGCCGAGCCCAAGGCAACUUGUAUAUCGAUGAUGAGUCGAGUUUUGAAUACAGGCACGGUAAAUAUCUAUAUCUCAGGAUCAAGCUUGAUGGCAAGAAGCUUACUUCAACGUUCCUCGAAAAUCUCGCUACAUAUGACACCAAGAGCUCGCUCGAGAGAGUUGACAUUGUUAACCCACCCAAGGAUAUCAAGAAGGCUGUCUUACACUCUAAAGCCAUGGGCAAUGUUGAUCUGGAAACAAAAUAUAAUCCACACAACAAUGUUCUAACGGUACGUAAGCCAACAGUGAAAAUGGGAGAGGAAUGGAUCAUCGAUUUGAUAGCUUAAACAAGUCAAACUCCAUGAACAAUUGAAGAAACUAAAGAACAACGGAGGCCAAAAAUGGUUUUUAGAGACUUUUUACACGCACCUAUUUUACUGAGAAAAAUAAUAAAAGUAAGAGAGCUAAUGUAUCAAAUAAACGGUGUAAAACAGAAUGUUUUUUCAAACUGUGAUUCAGUACAUAAACUAAUGAGCUACAUAAGAAGCAUAGCAGCUUAUGUAGAUAUUUAAAUGAAACUAAUAAAAUGCCUCCAAAGCACUCAUUUUUACACAUAGCACUUGGAAACACUAGUUAAGCAUACAUUUACUCUUUUUUUCUCAUAGAAUUUGAGAUAGUUUACAUUUUUAUAUGCCAGUAUCGAUUCACAAAGAAUACAAAUGUGCUCUAGUUUUUAAGUAGAUGAAUGCAAUAAUAUUACCAUUUAUGUAAGCUGUGAGUAAAGAAAUCUAACUUUUUUGUUUUUUUUUUUGGGAGUGUUGAGGAAUGUAGUAAAUAGUUAACUUUGAUGAGGCAAUUUGUAUAGUUUAUAAUGAAUUUGCCAGAAAAAAUAUAUGAUAUUGCAAACAUGUUUUUUGAAUUUUUACCGAUUUCCGUAUGAUGGAAACAAAUCAUUCCUGACUUGUGAAAUUUUUGUAUGGUAAAUUUAGACACCUAAAAUAUUGUUUAAUCAUACAUACCUGUUACUAUAAUAAAUAAAAGGAAUUAUUACAUGAUGUCAGUUAGAAA